UCUCAAACUCAUCACUCUCGACAGACUGCACGCACCAUCUCACGCUCCGGGAAUGGGAUCUUUACUUGGUUCAAAGAAAAACUUCCAGUUCUUUCGAGUUUACGCUCUGCAGAAGUUACUCUUCAAACUGCAGGGAUAGUUGUUACUGCAGCGUGACGGGGGCAAAGGGCCACUGACCAAUGAUCUCCAGGACGCACCAGAGGUUGUCCGAUUGUCAGGCAGUUUCAGAUGCUAGGAAUCAGUGCAGCAUAAUUAGGUUCAGCCUCUGCUCAGCUUGAUUAAACAGAAAACCUUGCAAUUUAGUACCAACGUACAUUCGAGGCGUGCGUAAAAUAGUUGUGCGUAAAGCUGGGGCUGUUACGCACGUUUCAACUUAAGUUCUAGUGGGGCAGCUUAUAUAGGAUCGACUAAAAGACACAUUUGUUAAACAUUUAAUCUGAGAGAAGUGCCAAUUCCUCGACAGCCAUGGCAAGAUGGUUCAGAGAUUUCCCCAUCAACCUGAAGAACGGAAAUGAAAGGGUCCGCUCGGCCUCCGAAUCCGGUCCGCAAACUCGACCCAAACCUUCGUUUUCUCGGGACAGUUUGAAAGGAAAUCAACGUAAGGAUGGAGGAGUGGGGGGGUUGUUGGCAGGGAGAAAUAGGAAAAAUUCGGCGACAGAAUUUGGUCGUAAUAACGCUGGAUCUGGUGGGACCGUCUGGGAAAGUAUCACAAAUGGAAUAGGUCGCAAGAGUUCCAAGAUCGAGACGGGGACAUCAGACGAGAACCGCCAGGUCAGGACCUCUAGUCUCGCGCAAGCCUACAUCAGCAGAAUGAUCAAAGUGGACAAACAGGACAAGACCCCCAAACUCAACGGGAUAAGUGAAAAGAAGCUGCCUGACAACGAUAAGGGAAGGUCUGACAUCAAGACAACGCUCAUUAUCCUGGAGGACUAUGCGGAUCCUUUUGAUGCAGAGAAAACCAAGGAGCAGAGAGAGGCUGAGAGAGCGGGAGUGAAUGAUGGGUACAUGGAGCCCUAUGAUGCCCAGGUCAUCAUCACAGAGGUCCGUAGACGGGGUUCCAAGGACCUCCUGAAGGUGUGUGUCCUGCUGGACCGCGGCCACAGAGAGCGGAAGGGAGAAGAGGGAAAGCCCCCGCCUCCAAAUAUCUAUGACACACCGUAUGAGGGUGGACUAGAUGGUGAUAGUGAGGGGGUGUGGAUCCCUGUCACUCGACCAGAGUCUGACAUCCGUCCCGCUGGAGAGUAUGAACUGCCCUGGGAGUGGAGGAAGGAGGACAUUGUUAGAGCGCUGUCAGCUCAAUUUGAGGCAGUGGACUGUUCUCCCAGCAAAGAGAACAGUUCAACCUCCAGCCGCCAGCAGCAGCAGCAGCAGCAGCAACAACACACCCUGAGACAGAAGAACUGGAACCUUAAAACACUUAUCUCCUCUUCUCCAUCCUCCUCCUCUUCUCCCUCAUUUCCCUCCUCCCCUAUUCUCAAACUCUCCCCUCUAUCGCCCCCGUCUCCCUCUUUCCCAACCCUUAAACUUUCACCCCUCUCACCCUCCUCCAGCCCUACCAAACUUUCCCCUCCAUCCCCUACCUCCAUUGGUGCCCCACUGGAUGGGGAUGAAGCUAGAGUGGACCCCAGUCUGCCCCUGGAGAAGCAAAGCUGGUACCAUGGCAGUGUGAGUCGGCAGCAGGCCGAGGCUCAGCUGCAGCGCUGCAGGGAAGCCAGCUUCCUGGUGAGAGACAGCGAAUCAGGAACCAGCAAGUACUCCAUUGCUCUCAAGACCAGUCAGAGUUGUGUGCACAUCAUCGUGGCCCAGACUAAGAGCAGCAAGGGCUUGGGCUACACACUGAAUCAGAGCAGUUGUGUCUUCUCCAACAUCUCUGAGCUGGUCCACCAUUACUGCACACACAGACUGCCUUUCACUGGAGCCGAGCACAUGACCUUGCAGCAUUCUGUGCCCAGGCCACACUGAGCAUCUGUAAAGGUCAAACAAACACACUGGGACACAAGCACACAUGCGCAGACACAAGCGGAAACACGUAUGACACAUUUAUGCACAGACGCACAGAUAAACCUGUUAAAACAUGUGUAAACAUUCAUCCAUUCUCGAAGAUAUGCUGCUUUGGACUUUUCCUUUGUGCCACUUUAAUAGGUUAUGUUUGAAACUCUCCCAAGCACCACCUAGUGGUCAAAAUUAGACACUACAAUAAACACUGAUCAAAUUAUUAUAGUGCUGACUGUCAUCAGUCUAAAAUAAAUAAACACACACACACGCACCCUAACCCCCCCACACACACACCCUUGUAUGUAUAAUUUGAGAAAAACCCUCUGUUCUUUCACAGCCUGGUGUGUCUGCGCCAUUGUUUUGUUCAUUGACUCUACAGACCCUCUCUCUACCGCACAGACCUCAUUGAUUUGUGUAAUACCUGCGAUGAUGCACGAUGAAGCACCGCACUUACUAUAGCCACUAUAAUAUUUGAAGUGAAUGGAGCGGCUUAUAAACGCCUCAUGAGAUGCCCUUACACAGAGUUGCUGACAUUAUCAAUUAGCACCAUUCUAUCGUGUUUGGUCUUCGUCUGUAGGAUCGAUACACCUGAUUGGAGUACAUUCAUUCAUCCAUCUGACAUGUCAAUCAGCCUAUUGAUCUAUCCUGAAAAUCAGGCUGAUUUUGAACCACUCUGUCUGUCAAGAGAAAGAGCUGUAUUGAUUAGAUGAUUAGAACUAGUGUAGAGGGAGGGGUGAUGUAUCCAGUCAGAAAAAAAAACUGUUUAGGUUAUGGCCCCUUUACUGGCCUUCACUGUAAUCUGAAUAUGAAGAGUUUAGAAUUAAAAUGAUAUCUUAUUGUGAAUGAACCCAAAACUGUACCUGUUGUUUGCAUAAAUGAUGUAUGUAUGAAUUGAUUUUUUGGGUCGACCACACAAUGAUGUGGGCUGUGUUGUAUUAUUGUUGUAAAACAUUUAUUCAGUAAAUAAAACCAAAUUAUAUUAUCAGAA